AUGGACGGUAGUGAAACGCAAAUAUCCUAUCAGACAGAUUCUCAAGCAGCAGCAUCGGCAAUGGCCAAUGUCGAUGCCCAACGUCCAUUAUAUACAGUGCCUGGUAUCCUUCAUUUUCUUCAACACGAAUGGACUAGAUUUGAAAUAGAACGACAACAGUGGGAAACGGAACGAGCUGAAUUUCAAGCACGUAUUGCUUUUCUACAAGGUGAACGACAAGGACAAGAAAAUCUAAAGAAUGCACUUGUUAGACGCAUUAAAAUGCUUGAAUAUGCAUUAAAACAAGAAAGAUUAAAAUUCAAUAAACUAAAAUAUGGAAGUGAAAACGCUCCAGUAGAAGAUCAUAAAUCAACAUCGAAUGAUGCACCACAUUAUGAUGAUGAUGAAAAUAAAGAUGGUGCAAAUUUAGGUUAUGGUGAUAAUAGCGUAUCAUUUAAACAAGGCCGUCAAUUACUUAGGCAAUAUUUGAAAGAAAUUGGUUAUGUUGAUACAAUAAUUGAUAUACGUUCGACAGCUGUUAAGAAACUACUUGGAAUUAAAAGUGAAACGAAUUUCAAUGCAAGUAAUAAUAACAAUAAUAAUAAUAAUAAUAAUAAUAUCAGUUUAAAUGGUGACAUUAAACCGUCAAACGAAUCAAAAAGAAUCAUUCCAAAUAUUGUUAAAAAUGCCACAAGCGAUUUAAGUAAAUCAGUUCUCGCAUCACUUGUCUUUCUCAAAGAAGAUCAGCCUGAUGAAGAUUCAAGUGAUGAUGAUAUUGAUUCUAGCCGCAUCAUGAUUAAAUCGAAUAAUGGUAAUACAACGAAUCAUAAUUCAGGUCUUGACACACUUAAUGAUCUCGACGGUGAAGAAGUAGCUCUACAUGAAUUCGAUUUUCUUUCUGGCGAAUCAGCUGCUUCUUCAAAUGUAAAUCAAAUGAAACCCAAUGAAAAUAAUAGUGCUGAUUGGGAUGUUGAUCAAUCUCGAUUAAAUCGAUUGAAAGAAGAAUAUAAACGUGAACGUUACGGUAAACAACAUCAACAUCAUACAAGUAAUUCAUCAUCGAUUCGAAAUAAUUUAUUCGAUAAUGGAAAUGACGAUACAUCUUCUGAUCCGCGAGCAUUUUCAACAGAUGAACAAAUUAAUCGUGGCAUGGUUGACACAAUCAUGUUUCGAAAUAGUAAAAAUUUCAUGGGCGAUAAUGCUAUGGAUGGUCUUGAUGAAUUAGCACGUGUUACAGUUUUGAAUGAUAAUGAACCACAAGAUGAUACAACAGCAACAGAUUCAUCUGAUUUUCGAAAGACAUGGAAUGUUAAAUACGUCUUACGAAGCCAUUUGGAUGGUAUACAUUGCGUUACAUUUCAUCCAGUUGAAUCAGUUGUUAUAACUGGAUCUGAAGAUCGUACACUUAAAUUAUGGAAUCUUGAAAAAGCUGCUGUUCUAAGAAAAUCAGCAUCGACAACACAAGAUCUCGAACCCAUCUAUACUUUCCGGCGGCAUACAGGUCCUGUCUUGUGCGUGGCAAUGAAUCCGUCCGGAGAACAGUUUUAUAGUGGUGGUCUUGAUUCAAUUAUAUCUGUAUGGAAUAUUCCGAAUUCAGAUGUUGAUCCUUAUGAUGCCUAUGAUUCAAAUGUUCUAUGCAAAGUCUUGGAGGGUCAUACAGAUGCUGUUUGGCAAUUAGCAAUAUCCGGUCAAAAAUUAUUAUCAUGUUCAUCGGAUGGAUCUGUACGAUUAUGGGAUUCAAAUUUGAGUCAAUCAUUACAAUCAACAUUUACUAACGAUGGCAUUCCAUUGUCUAUCGAUUGGAUAAUGCAAGAUACAAAUCAAUUUGUUGCCACGUAUGAUUCAUUGAAAACAAUGAUUUUCGACGCAGAAACUGGAAAAGUUGUAACGCAAUUAGCUAACGAUAAUUCAACAGCAGAUGCAAAUUAUCGAGUAAAUAGAGUAAUAAGCCAUCCAUCGCAACCAAUUAUCAUAACUGCACACGAUGAUAAAAAGAUACGAUAUUUCGAUAGUAAUUCUGGACGAAUGAUACAUUCAAUGGUAGCUCAUCUAGAAACUGUUACUGCAUUAGCAAUCGAUCCACAACAGACAUGUCUGCUAUCUGGCAGUCAUGACCGUUCAAUACGUUUAUGGAAUUUCGAAACGAAAAAUUGUAUACAAGAAUUCACAGCUCAUCAAAAGAAGGAUGACGAGUCUAUACAUGACGUUGCAUUUCAUUUAUCCAAACCCUAUAUGGCUAGUGUUGGAGCAGAUUCAAUAGCGAAAAUUUAUGCUUAA